AUGGACAGGGCCUCCCUAAACCUUGGAUCUGGUGGUAAUAUUAACUCCUUGAACGAUCCUUGUCACUGGAGCACAGUUCAGCAAGCGGUUGAGUACAAAGGUUCUGCCAUUGGCACACUACUGUAUUCCAACUUCUCUAGAGACAAUCGGAGAGCACUGAAAAGGAAGUGGGUUGAUAUGGCUGGAGUGGAAGGUCCUGAAAACCCACUGCUCACCCUUGGUCUGGGCCGUUCACCAAGUUCCUCUGAAAAUAGCAAGGUUAGCUCCCCCACAGCUUGCAUGAUGUCUCCAUCUUCACUGAAAGAGACUGAUGAGGAGUCAUCAAUGGAUCUUGGUCUCAAUUUUGAUCUUUGUCUUGGUCAUGAUACUGCACAUCAUCACAAGAAGCCAUGUGCUGAGCAUGUGCCAUCAGCAGGUGCUCCCAAAUUGGAUCUUCAGUUGAGUUUGUCCACUUGUUCGCCUGAAUCAGCUGUGACCAAUGCAAGUACUGCAUCAAUAAAUGUUAAUGAUGGCUUAGAAACAGUGGCACCUAAUUUGGUGACAGAUGCUAUUGGGGAAAAACUCGAGCCCUCCUCUAGUUGGGUUUUCAGGCAUUAUAUAGCUUCAUCAUCAUAUGCUUCUGAAGCAACCUACAACUUUUCAUUGCCAAAGAUAUCUGAAAAGGUUGAUGAUGCGGUGCCUUCUCCAGAUGUCUCAUCAGCCAUUACAGUGAGUGUGAAAAGCCCAGCUGCCUGUACUUCUGGGGCAACUAACUCCCAAAAACGGAGCAUUAACACUAAAUGCUGCCAGUUCCCAGGAUGUGAGAAAGGAGCAAGAGGAGCCUCUGGUUAUUGUAUUUCCCAUGGAGGUGGUAGGCGAUGCCAGAAACCUGGUUGCCAGAAGGGAGCUGAGGGAAGGACCAUCUACUGCAAAGCACAUGGUGGUGGUAGGCGAUGCCAGUAUCUUGGUUGUACGAAGAGUGCUGAAGGCCGCACUGAGCACUGCAUAGCCCAUGGUGGCGGUCGCCGUUGUAGUCAGGAAGGCUGUUCACGCGCCGCGCGUGGAAAGUCUGGCUUGUGCAUCAAGCAUGGAGGCGGCAAGAGGUGCCAGAGGGAGAACUGCAAGAGAAGUGCUGAAGGAUACUCUGGCCUCUGCAUCUCUCAUGGUGGUGGAAGGCGCUGUCAGUUUCCAGAUUGUACAAAGGGUGCCCAGGGAAGCACAAAGUUCUGCAAGGCGCACGGUGGAGGGAAGCGCUGCACAUUCCCCGGCUGUACCAAAGGAGCUGAAGGUAGCACUUCUCUCUGCAAGGGGCACGGUGGAGGUAAGCGCUGCUCCUACCAGGGUGGCGGUGUGUGCCCAAAGAGUGUCCACGGUGGGACACAGUACUGUGUUGCUCACGGUGGUGGGAAGAGGUGCUUAGUCUCAGGCUGUACCAAGAGUGCCAGAGGGAGGACGGAAUACUGUGUCCGCCACGGCGGUGGUAAGAGAUGCAAGUUUGAGGGCUGUGCCAAGAGCGCGCAGGGGAGCACCGAUUUCUGCAAGGCCCAUGGCGGAGGCAAACGCUGCUCAUGGGGCCAGGAGGGCUCAAGCUUUGGGGUUGGUGGUCCGCCGUGUGACAAGUUUGCUCGUAGCAAGAUUGGUCUUUGUGCAGGUCACAGCGCUUUGGUUGAGGAUCACUGCGUCCAUGGCGGCGGCUCAUUGGGUCCUGCGAUCAGACAGUUGACAGCUGAUUGCAAGUCCGAUGAGAUGCAGGCUGCUGCAAUGAAGGGCGAUGCUGAUAUGGCGAACGGAGAAGACGAAGCUUUCCUAGGAUGGAACGAUGAUGAUUCUGUCGAGGCGCAGCCCAGUGCAACCCCGUUUCCAGAGGGCAGGGUUCAUGGCAGUGGGCUGCUAGCUCUACUCUCCGGAAGAGGCCAUGUCAGCGCCGCCAGCUGCUCUGUCAAUGGCGCGGCCUCGACUUCGUCUGCCAUGCGCACCUGGAUGUGA